GAGAACAAUCGAUGAAAAGGAUCCAUUGUUCUAGCUGGUGCCUCUCUGAAGGUGCGAUCUGUCUGUACCCACCUAUAACUUGUCUCCAGAGCCAUCCAACUGGUUGCUCAGAGAAGGACACACCUAUUCUUAGCCCCAGGCAGGAAGGUCUUGGGUGGUAUAAAGACAGGUCCUCCAGAGGUUUGACACUAAAGAAGCACCAAGAGAUUUACAGGUGCUGUGAAGAGUAUGAACUCCAUCCAACUACCAGCUCACCAAAGACUUCCAACUUCUAACCCACAGCAACUUCAACCCAAAAGUGCCCAGGAAGCUCCAGAGAUGGCGGUGUAUUGUGAGAACUUCAGCAUGUACCACCAGCAGAACCUCCAUGCAUCUCAGAGGGCUUCUAACUAUGGACUAGGGGACUAUGCUCCACCAACAAACCCCUACUUGUGGCUUGGAGCACCUGGAGUCAACAACUCAUCAAGUUACCUUCAUGGCAAUAGCCCAUCCCCAUACAUGCACUCAGCUUAUGGAUCCCAGCGCCAAUUCCUGCCAAAUUCAUCUGGUUUUGGUGGGGCAGAUCUUAGCUGGUUGUCAGUUGCAUCUCAAGAAGAAUUGAUGAAGAUGGUGAGACCUCCAUAUUCCUAUUCAGCACUCAUUGCCAUGGCCAUACAGAACGCUCCAGAGAGAAAACUAACUCUAAGUCAGAUUUAUCAGUACGUGGCGGACAACUUCCCCUUCUAUAAGAAGAGUAAAGCAGGAUGGCAAAACUCUAUCCGGCAUAACCUAUCUCUGAAUGACUGCUUCAAGAAAGUCGCAAGGGAUGAAAGUGAUCCAGGUAAAGGAAACUACUGGACCCUCGACUCCAAUUGCGAAAAGAUGUUCGACAACGGCAAUUUCCGCAGGAAGCGAAAGAGCAAAUCUGACGGCAACUCUGCCAAGUUGGCUAAGGUUGAAGAAGACAGAAAAGACAAAGAGAGCCCGGUGUCUACCCCAUCCCCAUCAUCUGUGGAGGCUUCACCGCCACACGAUAUUAAAUCGCCAUCACCGCCUGCCGUUACCUAUACGCCGUGCCUCAAUAACUUCCUGAACACUGUUGCAAAUAUUGAAACAAACUCGGUAAGCAAACAGAUGCCAUUGGGCCUUGUCAAUGAACUGUCUCAGAGGAACAUCACAGGUCUGAACAGCUUCAGCUCCAUCCCCCCUGCAGAACCAACCGGAGAUAUACAGGACAACAAUCUGUUCUAUAGUAGAACCUCAUAUUACAACUCCUUCCCUGCAGCCAACCAGAAGCCACAGUUCCUACAGCAGCUCCAGUCCCAGCACCCUCACAUAUACGGGAGAUACUGAACUAAAUGCCAUAUUCCCAUAGAAUCCAAUAUUGGGCAAGGACUUCAUACUAUCUCAUACUGUUAUCAUGCCAGACAUGUACAUUACUGUCA